AUCCUCUGGCUGCAGCGAGGGGAAGCUGGCCUCACUGUGACUCUCCGCUCUGCAGCAGGUAACACCCCAACCCCAAACCUCAGAGCCAGAGCUGCAAACCUCCAAACACUGCUUCACACUUCUUGGUGUGGGUGAAACUUGUCUGUCAGGCGUCUAUGGGACGGUCUUCAGGGCGUAUCUUCUCUCUGCCUGACCUGAGGACUUGCCAACGGACCUGAGGAGAGAGGUGUGUUCGUUUUCUCUCGAGAAGAACAGACAGCACCAAACAAGUCGGACUCACUAUAAGAAAAGAGACGGUAAAACAAGAGAAACCAGCACGAUGAUGGAACUGAGGAUCCAGCUGAUCCCAACGGGGGAAAUCAUUCUUCCUCCGGGGAAGAACGGAGAGAACUACUGCCAUGGCUGCAAGGUGGUGGCUAGUGACGGGGUGCGGGCUAUGAUGGAGUCGGCCCUGACAGCCAGAGACCGGGUGGGCGUGCAGGACUUUGUCCUGCUGGAGAACUACACCAGCGAGGCGGCCUUCAUAGAGAACCUGCGCAAACGCUUCAAAGAGAACCUCAUCUAUACGUACAUCGGCUCAGUGCUGGUGUCAGUCAACCCGUACAGAGAGCUGGAGAUCUACACCAAGAACCACAUGGAGCGAUACCGUGGAGUCAACUUCUACGAGGUCUCACCACACAUUCAGACUGUUUGCGAGAUGUCAUGGCUCGAGGCAGACUGUUUGUUUGAAAGGUUGCCACGGUACCCCAGCCUUACCCUCUCCUCCUCCUCCUCCUCCUCCCCCUUCCCCCCCUGGCCUUUAUCCCGUCGACAGGGCGCCCCAGUUGGAGGCCACAUCAUCAACUACCUGCUGGAGAAGUCCCGCGUGGUGCACCAGAACCACGGGGAGCGGAACUUCCACAUUUUCUAUCAGCUGAUCGAGGGAGGAGAGGAGGACCUGCUGAGACACCUGGGCCUGGAGAGGAACCCUCAGCAGUACCAGUACCUGGUCAAAGGUAACUGUCCCAAAGUGAGCUCCAUCAACGACCGCAGCGAUUGGAAGACGGUGAAGAAAGCCUUGACUGUGAUUGGCUUCAGUGAGGAAGAGGUGGAGGAGCUGUUGAACAUAAUUGCCAGUGUGCUCCACCUGGGGAAUGUGCAGUAUGGCGGAGAGGAAGGCACCGUCUGCAUCACCUCUGACACACAGAUAAAGUACCUGACCAGGGUAAGACACAGCCCGAGCAGGCUCAUGAACGCACCUAACAGGCCUGGAGGGAGAUGGGAUAUUUGUUUUAUAUAUAAAGCCCAGGCUGGUAUUUAUCAAGCAUCUCACAGUUCCUCUCACACUAACAAGGAUAAAACUGGAAAUGCAGAGAACAGUAUCAUAGGUGUUAAAUACAGGGCUGAUGAAGAGUGUCUGAGACCCGGAGACGCCAGUGACCUCACCUUCCUAGAGAAGCUGGAGGACACUGUGGGAGGACAUCCACACUUUGUCACUCACAAGCUGGGUGAUGCAAAGACCCGGAAGGUAAUGGGCCGUGACGAAUUCAGACUGCUGCAUUACGCUGGAGAGGUCAACUACAAUGUCAAUGGAUUUUUGGACAAGAACAACGACCUGCUCUUCAGGAACCUAAAAGAGGUGAUGUGCAUGUCCGAGAACAAGAUCCUGACCCAGUGUUUCGACAGGGAGGAGCUGACUGACAAGAAACGUCCAGAGACGGCAGCCACCCAGUUCAAAGCAAGUCUGGCGAAACUAAUGGAGAUCCUCAUGUCGAAGGAGCCGUCGUACGUCCGCUGCAUCAAGCCCAAUGACUCCAAGCAAUCAGGUCGGUUUGACGAGGUGCUGAUCCGUCACCAGGUCAAGUAUCUGGGGCUGAUGGAGAAUCUGAGGGUGAGGAGGGCCGGCUUUGCUUACAGACGGCGCUACGAGGUCUUCCUGCAGAGGUAUAAGUCCCUGUGUCCAGACACGUGGCCCAACUGGCAGGGGAAGCUGUCUGAUGGAGUGGCCACACUGGUCAAACACCUGGGAUACAAGCCUGAGGAGUACAAACUGGGCAGAUCCAAAAUCUUCAUCCGCUUCCCAAAGACCUUGUUUGCCACUGAGGAUGCACUAGAGACCAGGAAACACAGUCUUGCCACCAAGCUGCAGGCAGGAUGGAGAGGCUACAGCCAAAAGUCCAAAUACCAAAAACUGAGAACCUCAGCGAUUGCCAUCCAGGCGUGGUGGAGAGGGAUCCUGGCCCGGAGGAGAGCGCAGCGCAGGCGACAGGCUGCUGACACCAUCCGCAGGUUCAUCAAAGGCUUCAUCUACCGCCACAAAGAGCGCUGUCCAGAGAAUGAGUACUUCCUGGAUUACGUGCGCUACUCCUUCCUCAUGAAGCUGCGCAGGAACCUGCCCAAGAACGUCCUGGACAAGAGCUGGCCGACACCUCCGGCUGCUCUCGUCGAGGCGUCAGACCAUCUGCGUAAGCUGUGCAUGCAGAACAUGGUGUGGAGCUACUGCAAGAAGAUCAGUCCUGAGUGGAAACACCAGAUGGAGCAGAAGAUGAUCGCCAGCGAGAUCUUCAAGGACAAGAAGGACAACUACCCACAGAGCGUGCCCAAACUGUUCGUCAGCACCAGACUCAAUGGCGAGGACAUCAACCCCAAAGUGGUGCAGGCUCUGGGCACCGAGAAGAUGAAGUACGCAGUGCCAGUCACCAAGUACGACAGGAAAGGCUACAAGGCUCGGCCCCGCCAGCUGCUGCUCACCGGCAACAGUGCCGUCAUCGUAGAGGAGGGAAAACUCAAACAGCGCAUCGACUACGGAGCUCUGAAAGGUAUCUCCGUCAGCUCCCUCAGUGACGGCCUGUUCGUUCUGCACGUGCCCAGUGACGACAACAAACAGAAGGGCGAUGUGGUUCUGCAGAGCGACUACGUGAUUGAGACCUUGACCAAGAUUGCGAUCUGUGCUGACAAAAUGAACACCAUCAACAUCAACCAGGGCAGUAUAAAGUUUACAGUGGGUCAGGGGAAAGAGGGCGUCAUCGACUUCACGCCCGGAUCAGAACUACUGGUGGCCAAGGCGAAGAACGGACACUUGUCUGUGACGGCUCCCAGACUCAACUCCAGAUGAUGGCCACUCUGACCACACAUGUGCCAGGACCUGCGUGCUCCUGACCUCUCCCAUCCUCCAAUCACAUGACUGCAGACCCCUGCUCUGCCUAAGCCAAUCAGACGCCAGCUACACGGGUGGCAUGUGCUUCCAAUUAAAAAAAAACAAAAAAAAAACACAAAUAAAAAUCCAGCAAAACUAA